UCAGAAAUAGAUGUCAUGCCUGGGAGUAAUUAAAAAAAUAGCUGACCAUAAUAAUUCCGGCAUUUAGACGGCUUUAAUGGAUGACCGUCGGCCCAGUGGCAGUUCAGCAAUCAAUUGAGCCGAACGAUCGCUGAUCGCCAAACCCAAGUGCCGCUUAAUGCGCAAAUAAUUGCGGAUAUCCAAGAAUCGGGGUUAGCCAGUAACUCGUAUAAAUAGCGGUAAGGUCAUCCUGGACUGGCCAAAACCAAAAUCAGCCUCAAUUUGGAAUUAACAGCAUGCUGCGUGGAAUUUGCUUUGCCCUGCUCUGCUGCCUGGCCUUCCAGGCAGCUCUGGCCUGUAAUGGCUACAAGGCCAAGCUGGUGAAGAUUGAGAACUGUGCCGGCGACGAUGCCAUUAUGACCGUGGGCGAUGACUUCAGCUUGAAGCUGAAUAAGAAGUGCGAACUGGUGCCCUCGGGCUGUAUCAUCAACAAGCCCUUCUCCACCGCCAUGGCCAAGUUCAAGGUCCAGAAGGACGGCAUCGUGAUGAAGGAGGGCAAGGUGGAUCUCUGUGCCGCCAUCGAUCAGGCAUCCACGGAGGCCAAGAACCUGAUGAAGCUCUUCGGUGCCCCCUCCGCCUGUCCGGUCGCCGAGGAGAAGGUCUGUGCCAAUGAGCAUACCGUGGACUUCAGCAAAUACAAGGCCAUGUUGGGAAUGGCCCGAGGACAUCUCAUAAUCGACGCAGAAAUCAAGCACGACACUGGAAAGUCCUGCAUCCAUGCCGAAAUCGAGCUAACCAAGAACUAAAGGCAAUUGGGUCCUGUCAAAGGACAAUGUUUAUAUUAUGAGUCUUGCAAAUCUGUAGUUGUAAAUACGAAAACAAAUAAAUCUGGUAUUGAGGUAAUGCACGCAGAAAAUAAAAAAAA